AUGUGGAUCAUGCGACAAGCCGGCCGCUACCUUCCCGAAUACCAUCAAGCCAAAGGAAACCAUGAUUUCUUCGAAUGCUGUCGAUCCCCAGAAAUCGCCUCUACUUUAACCCUCCAACCCAUCGAGCGCUACGAUGGCCUCCUUGAUGCCGCAAUCAUCUUCUCCGACAUCCUCGUCGUGCCGCAGGCGCUGGGGAUGGAGGUGCGGAUGGUGGAUGGGGUUGGACCGCAGUUUCCCCACCCUCUGCGCUCUCCGUCGGACGAGCAGUAUUCACAAAUAAUGGAGAAGGAGGUGGAUGUGCUAAAGGAGUUGGGAUAUGUGAUGGAUGCGAUUACGCUGACAAGAAAAAAACUGGAUGGAAGGGUGCCGCUGUAUGGGUUUAGUGGUGCGCCGUGGACGUUGUUGUGUUAUAUGGUUGAGGGGGGUGGGAGUAAGAUGUUUAUUCAGAGUAAGACGUGGGUGUUUAGGUAUCGCAAGGAGGCGAAGGCACUUCUCAGAAAGAUCUCGGAGGUGGUAGUGGAGUACCUCGCGCAACAGGUUGUGGCGGGGGCGCAGAUAUUACAGGUCUUCGACUCAUGGGCAGGUGAACUUGGACCCAGAGAAUUCCGAGAUCUUGCCCUGCCAGAGCUGCGGUGGAUCAGUGCGCAUCUACCGAAGCGGAUAAGAGAGUUGGGGGAGGAGGUAGUGCCGUUGGUGGUGUUUGCUAAAGGGGCGUGGUACGCGCUCGAAGACCUCUGUGAAAGCGGGUACGAUGUGGUCGGGCUGGAUUGGCUGCACGACCCGGCGGAAGCUGUGAAGAUAGCACGGGGCCGAGUGGUUCUGCAAGGAAAUGCAGAUCCGGGAGUGUAUAUGGGAGCAAGGGGGCGAUCACGGAAGUAG